AUGACUUCCAAACAAACCAAAAAGAAAGAGGUGCACCGCAUCAACUCUGCUCAUAGCUCGGAUAAAACUAAAGAUCUUUACCCUUUUGGCAGUAAUGUACAAUCUAGUUCUGUUGAACAGAAGAAGGGGAAAUUCCCAAUCUGGCCAGAGUGGAAUGAGGCAGACAUAAAUGCAGAAAAGUGGGAUGCAGGCAAAAGUGGAAAAGAAAAAGACAAAAGUGGAAAAAGCCCCGUAUUUCAUGUUUUUGAAGAUCCUGAAGGAAAAAUUGAAUUACCACCAUCACUGAAGGUUUAUUCUUGGAAACGUCCCCAGGAAUUUCUGUUUAAUCGGACUCCAGUAGUGGUGAAAAAUGAAAUCCUGUUCGACUUGUUUGCACCAAAUGAACAUUUACUCUGCAGCGAGCUGAUGAGAUGGAUUAUCAGCGAAAUGUCUGCUGUGUGGAAGAUAUUCAAUGGGAGUGUUUUAAGCAAUUACUUUAAAGGAACUGCUGGGGAACCACCUCUUCUCAACUGGAAGCCCUGGGAACACAUCUACUCUCUGUGCAAGGCUGUGAAGGGCCACAUGCCCUUGUUCAACAGCUAUGGAAAGUAUAUUGUGAAACUCUACUGGAUGGGUUGCUGGAGAAAGAUAACUAUCGAUGAUUCUUUGCCUUUUGAUGAAGAUAACAACCUAUUGCUUCCAGCUACAACCAAUGAAUUUGAGCUUUGGCCAAUGCUUCUGUCUAAAGCUAUAAUUAAAUUGACAAAUGUUGACAUCCACAUGGCAGAGAGGAGAGAACUCGGAGAGUUCACUGUUAUUCACGCCCUCACAGGAUGGCUUCCAGAAGUUAUUUCUAUCCACCCAACAUACACAGACAGAGUUUGGGAGCUCUUAAAAGAGAUAUUACCUGAGUUUAAGCUGGCAGAAGAAUACAGUUCUGAAAGCAAAAUUACAGUGAUGGAAACCAAAGUAAAGGAACCAGGGAAGGAAGUGAAGGAUAGCAAAGAUGUGAAGGAUGGAAAAGAAGUUAAAGAAGGAAGCAAAGAAUCCAAACCUGAAAGUUCAUUCACAACACUAAAAGUUCCUGAGAAGAGUGACAAAAUUCCCAAGGAAAAAUCAGAUGCAAAAGACAUUGGAAAGAAAAAGAGUAAAGAUGGAGAGAAGGAAAAAUUCAAAUGGUCAUUUCAUGGUUCUAGACCCUCCUCAGAUGUACAAUACUCUCUGCAGUCUCUGUCAGACUGUUCUUCGGCAAUACAGUACUCUCACAUGGUUGUCUAUGCGACCUUCACGCCUCUCUAUUUGUUUGAAAGGAAGAUAUUCUCAUUAAAGAAGAUGUCCAAUUCUUCUGAGAAGCUUAGAGAAUAUGGCCUUUCACACAUCUACAGCCAUCCUGUGCUGGUGACUAGAACAAGGUCUUGUCCUCUUAUUGUACCACCAAAAUCACCUCCUGUACCUGCCUGGAAGCUCUUUCGCCAAAAAAAGGAGACUGUUAUAACUGAUGAAGCUCAAGAAGUAGUGAUAAAGAAGCCUGAACAGUUUGUUGAGAUAUCAAGUCCAUUUUUGGAUUACAGAAUGACUCCAUUUACAGUUCCAAGAGAAACUCAUUUUGUACGAUCUGUUAUUAAGAAAGGGAAUCCUCCAGGAUCUACCUUACCUUCCCUUCCUGAAAAUGAUGAAAUGGUAACCUUUAGCCAGUCUGAAUUCAGUCAUUUGACAAAAACUGUAUCUCAGGGUAAUUUCAUUUCACAAAUUGCAGUUGGAAAAGGUAAAGAUGAACUAACAGACAGUGGCGUCACUGAUGCAGUUCACCAACCUGAGGGGUUUAAUGUGGAGAAAGACUUGCUCAGCCUGACCACAGCAACACAGGAAAAGUCACAGGAGGAACUAUUAGCAACGAAUGCAGGUAUCUCCAAUGAAAUGUGGCUUGAUUUUGAAGACUUCUGUGCAUGUUUUCAGAACAUAUACAUUUUCCACAGGCCAAUUUCAUAUUGUUUUAACGUUCAAAAAUCAGAAUUUAAGUUCACGGAUGAGCGUGUGUCCUACUAUUUAUUUGUGGACAGUCUAAAACCCAUUGAGCUCCUGGUUUGCUAUUCGGCCUUGGUGCGCUGGGGAGAAUCUGGAGCUAUAACAAAAGACAGUCCUCCUGUAGAGCCUGGACUCCUCACAGCUGAAACAGUUUCUUGGAAGUCUGUGAAGUCUCGUGACCCCAUCCUGAAGAUUCACACCUGCGCCUCCAAGGCCACCGUGGUCCGCCUGCCUCUCGGGAGACACAUGCUGCUUUUCAACGCCUAUGCCGCAGUCGGCCACUCGAUUCACAUCUGCAGUAUGGUCACUUUUGUCUUUGGGGACGAGGACGUUGUGCUGCCCAACUUUGAGCUGGAGAGCUACCGGUUCACAGAGCAGGCGCUGGUCAUUUUGAAAGCUGUCGGCCAUGUGAUCACGAACUUCAAAGAGAAGGGAAAACUGCACGGAGCCCUGAGGGACCUGUACGCUGCGCUCUACCCCAAACGCCUCCACGACAAAGAGCUGUCGGCGCAGCACUUCCGGAUUUUUCAAAUUUCCUUAUGGCGACUAAUGAAAAAAGUUCACACAACAAAACCUUCCCCAAACUUCAAAUUUUCAUUCCGCGCCAUGAUCUUGGACAUGGAAGUACUCGAUUCCUCCUUGGAAGAUGUCUCCUUAGCGGAAUGGGUAGAUAUUAAAUGUUCUGUGCCAGUAAGUGAUAAAGAGUAUUCUCCUGAGGAAGUAUCAGCGGCAACAAAAAUUCAAGCCAUGUGGAGAGGGACAUAUGUCAGAUUGCUUAUGAAAGCCAGGAUACCAGACACAAAAGAAAAUGCCAGUGUUGCAGAUACACUUCAGAAAGUUUGGGUUAUGCUGGAGCAGAACAUAGAACAAUAUGCAACCUCUCUCUUAAGACUAAUGUUUAAAAGCAAGUGCAGGUCUAUGAAAGCCUAUCCAUGCUAUCAAGAUGAAGACACUAAGAUUGCUUUUGCUGACUAUACUGUAACUUAUGGGGACCAGCCACCAAAUACCUGGUUUAUAGUAUUCAGAGAAACAUUUUUUGUUCCUCAAGAUAUGAUUUUGCUUCCCAAAGUAUACACUACACUUCCAGUCUGCAUGCUUCACAUUGUUAACAAUGACACAAUGGAGCAAGUACCAAAGUUAUUCCAAAAAGUGAUGCCUUAUUUGUACACCAAAAAUAAGAAAGGAUACACAUUCGUGGCUGAAGCAUUUACAAGUGACAUGUAUGUAUCAUCUUCACGAUGGAAACUGCGUCUCAUUGGUCCUUAUAAUCCACUCCCCUUCCUGAUUCGGGAGUUUCCCUGCAAUACCUUUGCCAUAAAGGAAAUCAGAGAUUACUACAUACCCAAUGAUAAGAAAAUUUUAUUCAGGUAUUCAGUUAAAGUUUCAUUAUUGCGUCCUGUUACCAUACAUGUACGCACAUCCAAACCCGAUGCAUUCAUCAAGCUACAGAUCCUCGAAAAUGAAGAAACCAUCAUCAGCACUACCGGGAAAGGCCAAGCUAUCAUCCCAGCAAUAAACUUCCUGGGCAGUGAAAGGACUUUGAGCUCCCAGUCUAGCAAGCAAGUUCUAGCAACUCAUUCUUCAUCCAAGAAAGAACAAGAAGUAUCUGUUAAGAAGAAAUCUGCCUCAGGAAGUCAGAAAUCCUACAAGGGCCGGCCUGGAAGUGCAAUAGCAGACAUCAGUAUGUCUGUUAUGGAUGAGGAGUCUGUCAGUCUGUCUACCACCGAAGAGACUGUGAGCACCCCACAGCAGGUGUCCAAGUAUAUUAUACAAUGUAUGGUGUUAUAUGACAGUUGGCCUCUCACUGAAAGUCAAAUGACAUUUGUUCAGGCACUGAAGGACUUAGAGAAAAAUGACACCAAAGCUCAUGCAGAGAAACAUGAAGAAUUAAUUACCUUUGGAAGUCCAGAUACCCAUGUCACUAAUGAGGGACAAAAAUCCUCAGGAACUUCCAAAUCGACAAGGAAAGGUAAAGAAAAGUCUUCUGAAAAGGAAAAGAUAGCCAAAGAAAAACAAGCACCUCGUUUUGAGCCUCAGAUAUCCACCAUUCACUCUCAACAAGAAGACCCAAAUAAACCCUACUGGGUUCUGAGGCUGGUCACAGAACACAGCGAAGCAGAGUUUUUUGAAGUGAAAAAAGAUACAGAGCGAGCAGAUGAAAUCCGCGCCAUGAAGCAGGCCUGGGAGAUGGCUGAGCCGGGACGGUCCAUUAAGGCUUCACAGGCUCGACUGCGUUAUGUCACCCGGUACCUGAAGAAACUACCUGAUACUGAAAAGGCCUCUGUGUCAGAAAGCCAGUCAAAGCCUCAGGAGGAAGUGGAAACAUCUUCAAGCACCUUGAAAGAGCCAGAGUCCAAGACUUCUUUGAGUUUGGAAACCAGAGAGGCCACACCGCCAGGGAUCUCACUGUGGAAGAAGUGGCAAAUGACUAAAGGUUUCAGGGAGCUGGCAAAAUUGAUAAGCAAUGAAACUGCAACAGGGAAGGAGGAACGAGAACUGAAAGAAAAUUUAACAACAGGGCCUCUUUCACGAUCCCCAGGGGUUUUCACAGUAUCUCCACAACUUAUCCGAAAAGAGCUAGAAAACAUAGACAUAACUCAAUACCUACGGAAAACAGAAACUGAGCCUCAACUGCAGACAGAGGAACUCAGUCAGCAGCAGGCAAUGCAAAAGGCAGAGGAGAUCCAUCAGUUCCGGGAGUACAGGAACAGAAUACUCAGUAUCCGGGACUGGGACCAAGAGCAGAGGUCUAAGUUAAAGGAUGAAAUCAUAGCGAUGUAUGGAGAAAUGCGGGAUUCUUUGGACGACUCGCGGCAGAAGAUCUUCACUGUGCGGGAAGAGUACAGAAGCAAGUUGUUGGAAGCUGAGCGGCUGAGGUUGGAAGCGCUGGCCGCAGAGGAAGCCGCAAAGCGGGCGGAGCCAGAGAAGAAGUCGCAGGAUGCACAGAAAAAGAAGAAAGCAAAGAAAAAGUAA